AUGACGUGGACCUGGUCCGGAACAUUGGAUUUUGCGAACAGCAGCAGUAGCACCACCAUCGCGGAAUUGGAGCCGUCUAUCAGCGACUUAAUGAUCGAGCAGCUGUCACUAUGGGAGCUUCACUACAAUCCAUGUGCAUAUAGAGGAAAGGCGGUAGGGCUCGAUAGCCGUUCACGGUGGGCUCUUCUCGACUUCUUUGAGACUAGCAGGACCAAAUCCAGGUUCUGGGAUGGAUCUAGUCUCAAGGCUCCAUGGAGGCUGGAGCUGGGGGCGCUCCUGGCGCCAAGCUCCCUCUUACCGGCAGGCGCCAUCCCGUCUAAGUUGGGUUCACCAGCUAAGCUACUCCGAGGAAGAGAGGGAAAAGGGGAAGGGAUCCAGAACCUCCCUCCCUUUCUGCGGGCUGCAUCCUGCAUCCUGAUUGUUAACAUUCUGAUUGUUCAGUACGAAGUAGUUACAGUUGAGUCCAAAGCGCUAGCAAGGAAGAUCCGAGAUCCCUGCGAUUACGCCGCCGCCGCCGCUGCUGCUGCUGCUGCUGCUGCUGCUUUUGCUCUUCUGCGCAUCACGGGUUACCCAUACCGACCGGCUCCUGCUCAGUCAGGCCAAAGCGAUAUUUUCCUUAACUGGCCGACCGCUCUCGGUUCCUAUAUCGAUUCUCGGAACGCAAGAGGCUGA